AACAGUUCGUAGAAAAAUGUCAACCAAAAUUUUUCAAAAAUAAAAAAAUUCGCUUUUUAAACCAAAAUUUCACAGAAACAAAAUCAAAAAUAAAUUUUCUUUCGAAUACAAACAAAGCAACGUAACAAUCAAGCCCACAAGCUCAUUGGAUGCCGGAUGGCCGAUUUCGGCCAAAGAAGAUCCAUCGCCUCAAAAUCAGCGCAAGCCCAACAAUAAGAACACCAAAAGCAAAAACAGCAUGACCAAAGGCAUUUUCGCCAAAUUUCGCCGAACGCUGAGUAUUUGCUUCAAUUUCAUUUUAGCUUGUUGCUUCGAAGUACUACCGUUAUUUGCAAUAACAACAACGCAAUAUGUAGAAUAUGCCGAAGCGAAAGCAAACGCACAAGCAGCAAUGGGGCGUGGGUGCGGGCGUAGCUGUAGUAGGAACAGUAGUAAAAGCAAAAAUUGCAAAAACAACAACAACAGCGGCAAUAGAAGUUGCUGCAAAGAACACAAUAGCCACAACAUGAAGAUAAACAAUCCUAACAAAGCCAAGCGCGGCAGUAUCGGCUGCAUUGAAAACCUUACAAAAACAAAUAAUGAAGUCCACUCCACCACGGCGGCAUACAAGCGACGGCUGAGCGAGCCAAAAAAUCAAGAGCCUCCACCGCAGCAGACACACUCAGUCACAGCACCAACGCAACACGACAAGAGUAUGGGUAAUACGCAAACAAACAAUACUCUGGCCGCCCACGAGCCGCAAACACCAACUAACGGCACAGGCGGCGGCGGCGGCGGAACAUUGAAAAGUCGUCGCGGUAGUCGAGUGAAAGUUUUUGCACGUUUCAGCCAAAGGAAACAAUCGCAACUGCCACCAACGUCGGCAGCAAGGGAGGCCGCCACACCCACAUCCACAUCCGCUUACGAUGACUCGAUCGAGGAGGAGCUGAUGCUACGCCAAAGUCAUGCAGCUGUGUUAAGGCAAUUGGAAGAUGAACAAAUGGAUUUCCGAAAGAGUCAAAAACCACAUUCGGCAAAGAAAAAGUUCUCAAAAUUAUUCAGCAGAAGAGUUGAAUGCGACGCAGAAGAGGUAGUGGUAAUGAAAGAUAACAAAAAAAUGCCAACAACUGCUUCCAAACAAAAACGACCCGCACCAAAACCACCAGAAUCAAAAGAAACGCCGCCAAUUGUACCAGAAGAGAGUGCAACCUGUUCACGACAAGCGAUAACAACUAAACAAGCCGAAACAAUUUCACGAACAAGUGAAACGACAAAGCAAACAGAAAAUUUUGAAUAUAAAGCACCCACCACAAGCGACGCAGCACUUCUGAGGGGUGAACAAACGAUAAAGCAAGAACAUGAAGAUCACCGUGAAUUCAUUGAGCAUCUCUUCUCAGCGGUCACCAGUAAUAGCGGCAGCGAAGUAAUGAGAACCGCAGUAGGCGACGAGGUAAUCGACGCAACAGAUGAUGAGCGAGAAUCUUUAGAUUAUGACGAUGAAGACGCAGGCGAUCACGCAGCCGAGUUUGAUAAUACAACAAUAACAACAACGCCAACAGCAAACAAUGAUAGAAGCGACGGAUCGGCGGUAACGACAACGAAAUCAACGAAUGUAAAACGGGUUAAAACGUCAACAAGAAGUGUUAUUAACAGUGACAGCAACGCAGGGCAAUCGAUUAAUGUCAUUGCUGCUGGUAAUUGUGGUUUAACAAAGCCACAAAGGUACACAAAUCAUAGGGAGAAGGGAAAAGGUGAAAUUAAUGAACCAGUGGAUCAAUGCGUUGACAGUGGAAAAUCUGUUGAAUUCAAUUCAAAAAGCGCAGAGAAUGUGAAAAAAGUGUGCGUUCGUAAGUUUGUCGUACAAACGGAAUCGUGGAAAACGGCGAAUGCCAUAAAACGUGUUGAAGUUCAAUAUCGAGAGCAAACAAAAGAACAAAAGGUAACCGAAGGAGAAGAAGAAGAAGAAAGUGAAUACAAUAAGCCGGUGGGAGCUGAACGUGCAAGGGCACGCAAAGAAGCCACAG